CGUGUGGUACCGAAAAGCCGUGUACCCCUUAACAAUAAGCAAUAAUGUGUUUCUAGCUUGCCCAUCGCUGGUGCCCGUUGGGUAGGCGAGUGCCUAGUGUCCAUUAUUGAACCGCUGGAGUGAUUGCUUUGCGUUUAAAAAAGGGGGGAAAACUCUACCGCAAUCCCAAGCAGCUUGCAUUCCCGGGCCUCUUCAACUUACGCCUACGCACACAUAACGCACAGCAGCAGCAUCGGCAUCGACAUCGGCAGACCUACCAUGUCGGCAACGUACGGCACACGGAUGGAAUCGGAAUAUCCGCUCGACGAUACGCUAGAGUAUUUUAUCAAAUUUCCUUCGCCCAACUUCCGGAGCGACACACAAACGGCCGAAAGUGACUACGUGUUCGUGUGCAACGAGACGAACGUGCCGAUAGUGCUGCUGCUUGGCUGGGCCGGCUGCCAGGAUAAGUACCUGAUGAAGUACUCCAAGAUCUACGAAGAUCGUGGUCUCAUAACGAUCCGCUACACGGCACCGGUGGAAAAUUUGUUCUGGAAACGGGCCGCCAUGCAUCAGAUCGGGGAGAAAAUAUUGAAACUGAUUUACGACAUGAACUUCGACAGCCAUCCGCUGAUUUUCCACGUGUUUUCCAACGGUGGCGCUUUCCUGUACCAGCACAUUGCCGUGGCACUGCGGCGCUCUAAAUCGCCGGUCAACAUUUGCGGCAUGAUAUUCGAUUCCGCCCCGGGAGAUCGACGGAUUGUGGGUCUCUAUCGAGCGAUAGCUGCUAUCUAUGGUAAGGAGCGCCGUUGCAACCGAUUGUUGUCCGCACUGAUGGCCAUCGCUGCCAUUAUUCUUUGGACCUUUGAGGACGCCUUGAACUACGUCUUGAAUUUUGUAAGACCGCGGGGCUAUGAAGUACAAACAAAUCCAUCAAACAAUCUCAAAUACGAAAGCAACGCAUGGCCACAGCUAUUCCUUUACUCCAAAGAAGAUCGGUUAAUACCAUACACCGAUAUAGAAAAGUUUGCCAAUUAUCGAAGCCGGUGUGGAGUGGACGUGCGUAUGGUAUGCUUUGACCGGUCCGAGCACGUCAAACACUACAUCCGACAUCCGCAGCAGUACAUCUACACCGUGUGCAAGUUCAUCAACGAUUGUUUAUCGAACUACUACAACAAGUUCCACAACUAGAGCUGUGUCGAUUAGCCGUUUAGCGAGACGCACCAAAGGGAAUCCCGGUGGUCCUGUACUUUUGUCUUAAAGCACAUCCUUUGCAAACGCACAUUUUGUCCACAAAAACGCGCAAAUUACACUGACCACCCGAGCAGUGUAGGUGACUUAUUAGGCUAAAAUUCUAUUAUUCUUCGAAGGUCACUCCAGCCAGAGGCUCUCCGUACGGUUUUUAGUUACGCCGUAUAUGCAUAGCAAUUGAUUUUGUGAUGAUUCCCCCUAGAACAUCUGAGCAUGUUUAAACAUUUGCCUUAAUUCUGAACGCAGCUCAAAAUGCGAUCGUAUGUUAAACUUUCCUAGACUCGUAGAGCUAACAAAAAAAGAUUAUCAAAACUUGUAAGUGAACGUAAGUGAACA